AUGAAGUGUGUGAUCGUUCUUUGCUUGAUUGGGAGCGCCCUAGCUGAACUGCCUCGCCUUCGAUCGGCGAGAUUCAGGUUCCAACGCCAGGAGUUAGCUCCGACCACGACAGAUUCUCCUACGGAAUCCACGACGGAUACGACCGGGCCGUAUCCACCGUCAGGUUGGAAGCCUUCUGGAGAACCUUUCACGCUUCCAGAUCAGACUGAUGCGACUCCCACUGAUACAUACGGCCCUCCUGGUCCAUAUCCACCUUCUGGAUGGAAGCCAGCAGGACAGGCCUUUACAUUACCGCAAGAACAGACUACUAGUACGCCCGAUGACGCUUACGACCCGCCAGCCACUUCGGCACCGUACCCUCCCUCCGGAUGGAAGCCAGACAGAGCUUUUAUCCUGCCCCAAGAGACCAGCACCCCUGACAAUUCAUACGGUCCACCGGAGAAUACGUAUGGCCCUCCUGAAGCCAAUACUGAAAAGUUGGACGGACCAUUAGACGUUCAAAGAAGUAUUGGUACUUACUACGUUCUGCUGCCAAACGGUCAGCUGCAGAGAGUGGAAUUUUUGACAGAGAACGAAAUCCAGAACAUGAAGUACACGGCCAGGUUGGAGUUGAGGGAUCGCGCACCGCUCUAUGUUUUUGGUCCUUGA